AUGGCCCUCAUGAAUGUCGAUCAAGUGCCCCCCUCCAAACCCGUCGAGAAGACCCCCGAUGUCCUCGUCACACCCUGCGACCCAUGGCCAGCACCAUACUAUCUGGAGGGUGGAUUCCGUCGUGUGAAGCCAUAUCACUAUACCUACAACACCAAUUGCAAAGAGCGAUGGCGGGGUCGCACGCUGGUGGAGAUCUUCACUUCCGAAUUCCGCGAUCGCAAGCCAGAAUACUAUAGAAAAGCCCUUGAAGACGGCCUCGUCCAAGUCAACGGCGUAGUAGCCACCCCGGACACAAGACUGAAAAACGGCCAAGUCAUCUCCCACACCCUGCACCGCCACGAACCGCCCGUAACCAGUCUCCCCGUGGGCAUAAUCCACGAAGACGACGACCUCCUCGUCAUCGACAAACCCGCCGGCAUCCCCGUCCACGCAGCCGGCCGCUACCACUUCAACACCGUAAUCGAGAUCCUGCGCGCCGAGCGCGGCUCAGAAUGGAUUCCACGUCCCUGCAACCGCCUCGACCGUCUAACCUCGGGCAUAAUGUUCAUCGGCAAACACCAACAAGGCGCCGAAAAGAUGGCCACAGCUUUAAAAGCCCGCUCCGUGCAAAAAGAAUACAUCGCCCGCGUCAAAGGCAAAUUCCCAGACGGCGUAGUCGUCUGCGACCAACCAAUCAUGCAAGUAAGCCCCAAACUGGGCCUCAACCGCGUCCGCGCAACGGGAAAAGAAGCAACAACCAAAUUCCGUCGUCUGGCAUACUACCCACCCGAAGCAGCGACCGAAACAGCCCACCUCGUCCCCGGUGAAGGAGGCCGUCCCGCGACCCCGCCGCCAAUGCUCUGCAACGAAUCCGAGGGAUACAGCAUCGUGCAUUGUUUCCCACUUACAGGACGCACGCACCAAAUCCGCGUCCAUCUCCAGUUCCUCGGCCACCCAAUCACCAACGAUCCCAUCUACUCGAACCGCCGUGUCUUCGGACCGGAACUCGGCAAAGCAGAAGCAUCCGCCGAACGCGACGAAGAAAUCGUCGCUCGUCUAUCCCUAAUGGGUAAAACCGAAAUCCCAGAUACAGUCUCCUACCGCCUCCAUCUAACAGCCGCACCAAAUGUACCACCAAAUACCGACCCGGUCCUCGUCAACGAGAUCAUGCACCGCGAACAGAUGGCCGCCGCCGAAGCGUACGAAAAGCGCAAAGGCGAGAAACUCUCUGGUAUCCUGUGCGAUGUCUGCGGUACGGAAUUGUACUCCGAUCCUGGUCCCCAUGAGCUGGGCAUCUUCUUGCAUGCUGUGGCGUAUGCGGAUAAAGAUGGUGAUUGGGGUUAUCGUAGUCCCAUGCCCAGGUGGGGUCUGCCGCCGGCUGGUAUGGAGGGUCCGCGUGAAGUGCCGGAUUGGGUUCCUGCGGACGAGGGGGAGGAGGUUGUUAUUGGUCAUGGGACUAUUCCGCUUGGGCUUGGGGAUGAGGAUCGCGCUGUGGAUGAGAGUACUGGGUCGGUUAUUGUGGAGGGAGUUGGGUUGGUCAAUAUUUCUGAUGCGGCUAGGGCACCAGUGGUGAAUGGGGCUGCUAUGUGA